AUAGUGUCUGUGCACUUGACAGGUUAGCUCUGCACGUCAGAGACUGUCCGAGCAGUCACGCGAUCGCGCUUCACGCAGUUGUUGGGAUGCAGGCAUGGCCUGAGAGAAAUGUAAAUGAAGAAGGAAGCACCGCGGACGACCAAUCCGAGUUGUUUUGUCAUCGCCGAUCUCUUGCCCAUCUUCGCUAUGAGGUGAAUAUUUGCGGCACAGGCACAGACGUUGGCGAGCUAGUAAAAUUGUUUGAAGAUGAACACGAUUCCGAUUUCGCCGAGCCGAAACGAGUGCCACUUGUCAAAAUCCAUCCACCACGAAAUGAAAAAGCAAAAUCAUCGAAAACGGACCGGGAGGUGAGCGAAUCCGAUGAGCCUCGGUUUUCCCCGAAUUUCCACCUAAGCUUCUCUUCACUUCGUGUGGCACAAGCAGUUCGGCAUGUGCGAAACCUGCU